AUGGAUUCAAAAGUUGAAAAGAUCAAUACCGUAGUCUCUGAAGAGAGAGGCUCUGUGGAGGAUAGCUAUACCGAAUACGAUGAGUUGACCUUCUGGCAAAGAUUGGUGAGAAAACUCGAAGUCCAGCCCAAAGGUGACUUGACCCAUUCUCAAAUGUUCUUAUACAACUACGAUUUGCGUCCAGUGGAAGCUGAAAGAAGACAAUGGGCUUGGUACAACUAUGUCUUUUUCUGGGUUGCUGAUUCUUUCAACAUAAAUACUUGGCAGAUUGCAGCAACUGGUAUUCAGCAGGGUGGUAUGAACUGGUGGCAGACGUGGAUAUCCGUUUGGAUCGGAUAUACUUUCACUGGUAUCUUUGUAUCGCAGGCUUCUAGAGUUGGUUUGUUUUAUCAUAUUUCUUUUCCCGUUUCCAUUAGAUCCUCUUUUGGUAUCUAUGGUUCGCUCUGGCCAGUCAUUAACCGUGUGGUUAUGUCUGCUGUGUGGUAUGCUGUUCAAUGUUCAGUUGCUGGACCCUGUGUCGAAGUCAUGUUGAGAGCUAUUUUUGGUCAAAACCUCGACAAGACUAUGCCCAAUGGAAUUAAAGAUAAAGAUUUAACUACUUUCAAAUUCUUGUGUUUUUUCUUAUUCUGGUUGUUUUCUUUGCCAUUUCUCUGGUUCCCUCCUCAUAAGGUUAGACAUUUGUUCACAGUCAAAGCCUACGUAGUCCCAGUAGCUGGUAUUGCCUUUUUGGUGUGGACUAUUGUUAAGGCAGGUGGCAUUGGUCCUGUCGUACAUCAACCAGCUACUGUUAGUGGAAGUAAAUUAGGCUGGGCCUUUGUCGCUUCUACCAUGAACUCUUUGGCUAACUUUGCUACCUUGAUUGUCAAUGCUCCAGAUUUCUCUCGUUUCUCCACAAAGCCUUCUUGGAGCAUGAAGUACUUGGUCUACACCAUUUCCAUUCCUACAUGUUUCUCAUUAACUUCCUUGAUCGGUAUUUUGGUCACUUCUGCUUCGCUGAACAUGUAUGGUGAAACCUACUGGUCUCCAUUGGAUGUCUUGAGCAGAUUUUUAGAUAACUACACUUCUGGAAACAGAGCUGGUGUGUUCUUACUUGGUCUUGCCUUUGCCUUGGCUCAAUUAGGAACAAAUAUCUCUGCUAAUUCUCUCUCUUUCGGUACCGAUGUCACAGCCAUUAUGCCCAGAUUCAUGAGUAUCAGAAGAGGUAGUUACUUAUGUGCUGCUAUUGCUCUUGCUGUGUGUCCUUGGAAAUUAACUUCCUCUUCGUCCAUGUUCACUACGUAUUUAUCUGCGUACUCUGUUUUCCUUUCGUCUAUUGCUGGUGUCGUUUCUUGUGAUUACUACCAUGUUAGAAGAGGUCGUCUUUUCUUGACUCACUUAUACUCCAUGACAGCUCCUGGGUCUUCCGCUCCAUCUAUCUACAAAUACAAUGCUCUUGGUAUCAACUUGAGAGCUUUUGUCGCAUACGUCGGAGGUAUCUUGCCCAAUAUUGUCGGUUUCGUAGGGGCUACAGAAACCCACAAAGUUCCUAUUGGUGCUACCAAAGUGUAUCAGUUGAACUUUUUCGUUGGAUUCAUUUCUUCCUACGUAUUGUACUACUUAUUGUGCUAUUUCUUCCCAGUUGCAGGAGCUCCCAAUCUUGGACCUUUUGAAAAGGGCUGGUACGAAAAGCAUGCAGAAGUGGAAGACUUUGAGGACGAAUUGACUGGAAAGAUAGUCGAUCCAGAUAACAUCCCAGAGGUAGCAUUCUCCACUAGCUAUACUUCUGGCAAGUAUGAUGUAAAAUCGUUAUAG